GGCAGAACACACAUACUAGUAUUCAAUAAAUGAUAUUCCACAAUUUUACUGAUUAUUUUCGGUAACUAAUGAAGUCUGUUUCCAGGUCUUUGUCAUUUUUCCGUCAACACGGUUUUCGAAAAGCAAGUUCGAGGUUUAUCACAGCCACAGGGAAGCGUAGGUGGGAUUUGCCUCACUCGACUUGUCACAUCAAUAUUUGGCCUGGACAUCGGAGUUUUUCGCACAUCGUUAGGCAGCAAAAACACUCAAGCCCAGCCAUAGCACGGAACAAGUUUCAAAAAUACUCUUCGUCGAGUUCCAAUGUUUCCAACCAGCAAAGUACACCAACGCACUUCAAAGAACUCACAGGAAAGCAUCCUCUUCCUGAAGUGGAAGAAGAGAAGCAAAUAGAGCGAGAGAAAGCGAAAGACUACAUCUUACCCCAUCCGAUAUGGACGGAAGAAGACACACAUUCUGUUUUAAUUAACCAUAAAGAACCUAAUGGGAAAGUAGACAAGCUGGCGUAUUAUGCUGUCCAAACACUACGAGUGGGCUUCGACAUCGUUUCUAUGUACAAAAUCGGACAAAUGACUGAAGACAAGUGGUUGACACGAAUUAUUUUACUGGAAACGGUGGCUGGCGUUCCGGGAAUGGUAGGUGCAAUGACAAGGCAUUUUCAUUCUUUGCGACGGAUGAGAAGAGAUCACGGAUGGAUACAUACUCUGCUCGAGGAAGCAGAAAAUGAACGAAUGCAUCUUAUGACUGCCCUGGAAUUGAAACAGCCUGGACUUAUCUUUCGUGGCAUGGUCCUGUUGAUGCAAGGAGUAUUUGUCAAUAUGUUUUUCAUAUCGUACCUGCUUAGUCCUCGAUUUUGCCAUCGGUUCGUUGGAUAUUUGGAAGAAGAAGCAGUGAAAACCUACACAUAUUGCUUAGAGUCAAUAGAUUCCGGUGCUCUAAGUGUUUGGGAAAACAAACCGGCACCAGUAAUUGCUAAAAGAUACUGGAGACUGAAGGAUGACUGCACCAUGCGCGACGUGAUCCUCGCUAUUCGUGCCGAUGAAGCUCAUCAUCGAAAGGUGAACCACACCUUGGCAUCCAUGCAUCUUGAUCAACAAAAUCCCUUCGAACCAUGGGAACGAAAGUUGUAAAGUUAUACUCUGCAGAAAACUUUGUCAAUACCAAUGUAAAGUAUAUAAUUAUACUGCUUAACCCAAAUCUUUUUGCUUACUGUAUAUAUUGAACUUUUAUAGCUUCAAUUGGAAUGCAUGCAUGGAAUAUUUCUGCAACAGAAGUGAAUUUAUCGCAUUUCCUCUUUUAAUUAGAAAUGGUAUAGUACAAAAUUUAAAUCAACUUUGGUGUUAGUGGCACUGUAUAUGAGGGAGCCUCGAUGCAUUGUAGAUUGAAUUUUACCAAAUAAAUAUGCGAUUAGAAACUC